AUGUGUAAAGGUGCUGGUCAUUCUAUACAUGUUGAAGAUCCUGAAAGAUUUAAUAAACUAUCAAUGGAAUUCAUUGAUUCUGCAAAUCAUUAUAAAUCAGAUACAAUUGAUUCAAAAGAAAAAAAUCAAUUUUUUGUAACAAAAUUUUUACAGUAUAAUGCUAACCAUAUAAUACCAUCAUCAGGUAACCCAUUCCCAUUAAAAAAUUCAAGAUUAUUUUCAUUUUUACCAAAAAUAAUUAAUUAUUUAAAAUAA